UGCCAUGACCCGCGGGUUGGGUUACGACAGAACCUUUCUUUUCUUUUCUCAAUCUAAGACCCUGAAGCACCGUGAGAGAUGGGUCACUGUUCAAAUUCCUGGUUCCUUCCGGAGCUAUGCUGCUGCAAAAUCAGAAAAGCUUCAACCGGUGAAAAAGAAAAAGAGGCUGGAUGAGAUAUGUCUUGAAAGAUUCCAGCAAUGCAGUCGAAAUUUCAUUCAGUCCUGGAUUUUACAAGGCAAAGUAUACGUGGAUGGGAAGGUGAUAAAUAAAGCAGGUACCCCAGUGUCUGACAAAGCUGUUGUGGAGAUAAAGGCUGAAGUGCCAAAAUAUGUAUGUAGAGCUGGACAUAAGUUAGAAGCUGCAAUUGAGCAGCUUGGUAUUGAUGUUGUGGGUAAAGUAGCUCUUGAUUCUGGGUUGUCAACUGGAGGAUUUACUGAUUGCUUACUUCAGUAUGGUGCAUCUUUUGUUUAUGGAGUUGACGUAGGUUAUGGGCAGGUAGCUGAAAAAAUUCGUGUAGAUGAGCGAGUUACUGUGAUUGAACGGACAAAUCUAAGAUAUCUUUCAGGACUCCCACAAAAAGUUGACUUGGUGACUUUAGACCUUUCAUUCAUCUCUAUUCUCUUGGUCAUGCCUGCUGUGGUCAAUGUCAUGAAGGAAGAUGCAGCAUUGGUGACGUUGGUUAAACCUCAAUUUGAAGCUCACAGAUCACAAGUAGGAAAAAGGGGGAUAGUGAAAGAUCCUACGGUCCACCAAGAGGUCCUUGAGAAGAUUAUAAAGGGAGUAGAGAAGUUUGGUUUCUCCAGUAAAGGGUGGAUUGAGUCCCCUCUCAAAGGUGCUGAGGGUAAUACAGAAUUUCUUGUUCAUUUUGUCAGAUCAUCUCCCAGUGAAGUUUCAUAAAAUGAAAUAAAAUUGGACUUUAUGCUUAGAUUCGACCUGUGAGUCGGAAUUAAUCAAGUUUGGAAGAUCUCGUUUGAGGGAGAGGAGAGUCAUGUUCUUUGUACAGUGAUCAUUUUUUCUCCUCAGGCUUUGUUACUUCAACCUGUUCAAUGGAAUCAUAGGAUGCGAUGUAUUAUUGUUCCACCUCAAUAUUAGAAUCUUUUUAGUGCUUGUCAUAUGACCUGCUCAUGAAUUAGAAUAGGUCAACAUGAGGAAUCAUGUGGAAUUUUUUUACGUUUAUUUUCACAUGAUCUUUGAUUAAUUAAAAAACAAUAAUUCCAGGACCACA